GUACAAAUGUUUGUUUACACCGAGCGGCUGACAGAGUGAGGAACUGAGAAGGAAACUCUUGGAUAUUCUAGAACAUUAUACAAAAUGGCAAGCAGCGAGGAAAAGUUCGAUGGGAUGCUGUUGGCUAUGGCUCAGCAACAUCCUGGUGGUGUAGUUGAACUUUUGGACACUUUCUUCAGCUUCCUGGCCCGGAAAACUGACUUUUAUACUGGAGCUCCAAAAGAGACUAGUGAAAUGAUGGUCAUUGAAAAAUUUAAGAAGUACCAGAACAUAGCAGUUGCUGAGCAAGAGAAGAAAAAGGCUGAAUAUGAAGAAUUGGAAAAGAAAAAACAAGAACGAUUGAAGAAAAAGGAGAUGGAGGAGAAAAAAGCAGCAAAUGUACCAAAGAUUAAAGAACUUACCGAGGAAGAAGCCAAUGCGCUAGAAAAAAAAUUGUCAAAGGACUCUGACGAUUCGAAACAGCCUGAAGAAGUUGAGAAAAUGGAAGAUGAUGAGGAGGAUGGUAAGAAUAAGGGAAAGGUCAAACCAAAUGCUGGGAAUGGCUGCGAUUUUGAGAAAUACCGUUGGACUCAAUCACUACAGGAAGUUGAGGUAAGUGUGAAAAUUCUGUAG